CGAACAUAGAACUACAAUAAAAUAUCGAGGAGCCAACGGUAGUGAUAAGGGACCACCAGCACUUGAAGAUAUAACACAAGAAAAUACCGCGAUAAUAAAAUCAUCUCACUAAAAUCAUGACACGGGAAAAGCUUUUUGCCGUAUUGCUUCUCGGUCUUCUCGCGAUAGCUCUUAGUUUGCCUCAGCAGCCGAAAUCCAAGAGGCCUACUCCAGUAUUUAAGCAACCUAAAACUGGUGGCUUGCUGCUUCCCGACAACGCAACGCUCAUUCGCGAGAACAUCGUUGACACCUUUUCAUGCCAGGAUAGAAUUUAUGGUUAUUAUGCCGACAUGGAGAACGAGUGCCAAGUGUUUCACGUGUGUAUGCCGCAAACGAGAGGGUCAAUUAGAUGGAGCUUCAUUUGCCCCGGCGAGACAGUUUUCAACCAAGCAACAUUCGUAUGUACACAAACGGAAAGUUCGAUACCAUGCGAAGAAUCGGAAAAAUAUUACGUUUUAAAUGAGGAUAUUGGAAAGGAAGUGGAAGAAGAAGAAGAAGCGGAUCAGGAUCGAGGAAAGAAAAAUGCAACGAAGAUUUUGGAAUCUGAAGUAGAAACAGUGUCAAAAAAGUCAUUCUCGAAAAAUUCGAGAUUGCUAAGUGAAGUGAGCUCGUUUCGACUUUAAAAGAGAUGUAUUUUUUCUUAUUUGAAGAAAAUCGCUCUAUGAAAUGUAGUAAUUAUUAUGAUUAGCCAAUCUUGAUUAGAAGAAAUUUCAGCUUGUUUCGAUCAAGACUAACUGAACGCUCAUUUAGAAUUUGAAGUAAUCGUUUAUAGAUCGCUUAAACUUGCCUUCUAAAAGCUCUCAUGAUGACAAAUAGUACAUAAAACUAAAAUUUAAAUUAUUGUCACACGUACAAUGUACAAAAUAUGUUAUUUCAAUUAUACGAUGUAAAAUAAAUUUCUGUACUGUACAGUGAAA